UAUUUUUUUAGCACAGCUGCUGUUCAAAACCAUAUGGAACAAAGUCAAACAGAAUGCAACAACUUUGAUUAUUUGAAAGUUAAAAAACUUCCGAGAGAUGUGUUCAAAACGUUUGCAGAUGAGUUGCCGAAACACUGGAAGAAACUUGCUCGUUUCUUGAACAUCAGAGAUGAAGAAAUAAAUAGAGUUAAAAAUGAGUUCGAUACAACUCGAGAACAAAUUUAUGAAAUAUUUAUUAGUUGGUGUAGGAAUAAUCCAGAUAAAACAUGGAGUGAAAUAAAAUCUGGAUUGAUUUUUUGUGAACGAAAAGAUGUCAUUGAUAAAUGCCAAAGAAUGCUAAAUAUACGUUCAAUAUUUGGUGUCCAACAUUCUUCUGAAAAGUUAUUUUUACGCCAAAAAGAACUUUGCAAAAUUCACCAAUAUUUGAUCGGACAACAAGAUAAAAAAAACUCAACUUUAGUAUUGCUUGGAAUGUCCGGUGUCGGAAAGACAGAAAUUGCCAGAAAAUAUUGUGAAGUUUAUCAUAAUUUCUAUGAAAAUUUUGUUUGGAUAGAUGCAGCAUUUGGAAAGUUACAAACUUCAAUGAAUAAUCUUUAUGAAUUAUUAGGAUUCAUUGUUCAAGACUCACAAGGCAAUUCUUUUAAUAUAGAAGUAAUUGUUAAAAAAAUCCAUAACUAUUAUAAAAAUGAAAAGACUUUGUAUAUUCUUGACAAUGUAGACGAUGAAAGUGUUCGAAGUUUAGAAAUGUAUAUUUCAAGUGAACCGAAUUCAUUUACUUUAGUUACCACACAAUGGAAAACGUGGUCAAACAACGUAAAUCAAAUGUUCAUUGAUGUUUUUACUGCUGAAGAUGCUUUUGCUUAUGUGGAAAAAAAUAUAAAAGAAAACAACAAAGAAAAUAUAAGAAAUUUAAUUAAAGAACUCAGUUAUCAUCCGUUCGCUAUUACUCAGGCAAUAAAAUAUAUAAAUAUACAUAAAAUUUCCCUAGAAAAGUACAUAGAUCGAUAUAGAUCAAAGCCUUUAGAAAUACUAGACAAUGAUAACUUUCCCACCGAAGAAGAAUCAAAAUCUGCAAUAAAAGCAAUUAACUUAGUUUUGACAAAAUUAGAAAAAACUAAAACUAUUCCAUUCAAAAUAAUAAACUGUUUAUCUUAUUGCAAUGGUCAAAACAUAAGUAAACAAUUUAUAAUCCAAAUCUCAAAGCACAUGGCAAUAAACGAAGAAUGCUUUAUAGAUGAAGCUAUUGGAUUACUAAUAAAUUAUUCUUUACUAGAUUGUUUGAAUCAUGAAAAAUAUUCAAUGCACGAAUUGACCCAGUUGUCGUGUAAAAACUAUCAAAAUAAAAGUACUUGUACAAAUACGUAUCUUAAUCUAAUUGAAAGUUAUUUUAAAUUUGAGCUUAACCAAGUAAAAGAACACGUGGAUCACGGAAACUAUUUUGUUUUUCACUUUCUUUACAUGUUUCAUACUAACAAAAAAAGAAUGUUAAAAACCAUUCAUCAUAUAACAACUCCUAUAAAAAAUUUAUUGGUAUGUAAAGGUUUAUUUCAAGAAGCAAUCGAAAUAUUAAAAGCAGUGCAAAUUUUUAAUGCAGAAACCCAUGGAGAAAAUAAUAAACUCACACUUGAUGCAAAACAAAAUAUUGCAAUCUGUUUGAACAAUAUGGGAAAAUAUAACGAAGCUUUAGAAAUUUAUUAUUCUGUUGAAAAAAUACAAACUGAAAUAUUAGGUAUCAACCAUUUAUCUACAAUAGCAACAAAAAAUAAUAUUGCAAACUGUUUGAGCGAAAUGGAAAAAUAUAAUGAUGCUUUAGAAAUUUAUUAUUCUGUUGAUAAAAUACAAAUUGAGAUUUUGGGUAUCAACCAUCAAUCUACAAUGGAAACAAAAAAUAAUAUUGCAAUAUGUUUAAGAGAAAUGGGCAAAUACAACGAAGCUUUAGAAAUUUAUUAUUCUGUUGAUAAAAUACAAACUGAAAUAUUAGGUAUCACCCAUUCAUCUACAAUGGCAACAAAAAAUAAUAUUGCAAAUUGUUUAAACGAAAUAAGAAAAUAUAACGAAGCUUUAGAAAUUUAUUAUUUUGUUGAUAAAAUACAAACUAAAAUUUUAGGUAUUAACCAUCCAUCUACAAUGAAAACAAAAAACAAUAUCGCAAUUUGUUUGAGCGAAAUGGAAAAGUAUGAUGAAGCGUUAGAAGUUUUUGAUUCUUUUGACAAAAUACAAACUGAAGUUUUAGGUAUCAACCAUCCCUCUACAAUGGAAACAAAAAAUAACAUCGCACUCUGUUUUUACAAUAAGGGAAAAUAUAAUGAAGCUUUAGAAAUUUACAAAUUUGUUGAUAAUACAAAAACUGAAAUUCUAGGUAUAACCCAUCCAUCUACAAUGACAACAAAAAAUAAUAUGGCUAACUGUUUGUACAAAAUGGAAAAAUAUAACGAAGCUUUAAAAAUUUAUUAUUCAGUUGAUAAAAAACAAACUAAAAUUUUGGGUAUUAAACAUCCCUCUACAAUUGGAACAAGAAAUAAUAUCGCUAGCUGUUUGUUAAAAAUGGAAAAAUAUAGUGAAGCUUUAGAAAAUUAUUAUUCAAUUGAUAAAAUACAAACUGAAGAUUUGGGUAUAAAACAUCCCUCUACUAUAGCAACAAGAAAUAAUAUAGCUAGCUGUUUGUACAAAAUGAAAAAAUAUAGUGAAGCUUUAGAAAAAUAUUACUCAGUUGAUAAAAUACAAACUGAAAUUUUGGAUAUUAAACAUUCAUCUACUAUAGCCACAAAAAAUAAUAUUGCAAACUGUUUGUACAAAAUGGGAAAAUAUAACAAAGCUUUAGAAACUUAUUAUUCUGUUGAUAAAAUACAAACUCAAGUUUCAUAUAUCGACCAACUAUCUGUAACGACAACAAAAAAUAAUAUUGCAAAUUGUUUGUAUAAAAUGGGAAAAUAUAUCAAAGCUUUAGAAAUCUAUUAUUCUGUUGAUAAAAUGCAAACUGAAAUUUUUGGUAUCAACCAUUCAUCUACAAUAGUAACAAAAAAUAAUAUCGCAAGCUGUUUAAACGAGAUGCAAAAAUAUAACGAAGCUUUAAAAAUGUAUAAUUUUGUUGAUAAAAUACAAUCUGAAGUUUUAGGUUUUGACCAUCCAGAUACAGUUAGAACAAAAAGUAAAAUUGCAACCUGUUUAAGUAAUUUAGAAAAACGAAGAAAAUGUUGCUUAACAAUUUGAUUAUUAUUUAUAGUUAUGUCAAACU